AUGAUACCCUCGGUCCACGUAAUCCCCCAGAAACAGGUAGUUGGUAUCAGGUGGAUACCCACCUAUUUUGAAGAUCUCCAGAAGAUCGUAGAACUGCCCAUGAAUAUCACCGACAACAGUCACGGGAGUCUUUAUGUGCACGAUAUUCGACUCCUUGAUCAACAUUUCCUUCAGCUUGAAACACAACUGGUCUACCACUGUCUCAGACACCAGUUGGCCCUGAUACAGCCUUUCGAGGCAUUGGUCCAGAUCCAGCGAACUCUCUACUUGAGUUAG